ACCGACGAAAAGUUAAUGAUAACAGGAUUAGUUGAUGAUAAACCGUGUAUAGAAUAAACGGUAUGAGGAAAUAUGAGACACGGUACAUCAUGUAAGGCUUUGAUCGUGCCGAGAACGUCGAGCGGCAAGAGCGAUCACACAAGUGAAUGACAACGCAGCAGAAAAUAAAUCAAUCACUCGUGGAAUCCCAAAUAACGCGUCAACUCUCAGUUACUUUGUGGCUUAUUUUAUAUAAAUCUAUAAGUUUAAUAUAUUUUCUGCUGCUUUGUCGUCACUUGUUUGGUCGUUCUUAGCGCGCGCCACUCUCCUAUAUGAGCAAAGUCUAAAAUGCCAGAUCCAUUUCUAUCGCUUUCGACAACUGACUUUAAUAUUACAUAUGUAAUUCUCAUAUCUGCCGUAGCAAAUCGCAGAGGGCGUAAGGAACAAUAAUCUUUUUCGAUGUCGGUAUUUCAGAAUGUGAAACACGAAAGUCUCAUAUUUAUCAUAGCGUCAGAUGAACGUAUAUUUUCUUGGUGUUAAUAAUAUGAAACAACUGAUUAAUAAUUAUUUUGAAGCCAAAGAACCAUGGCAAAUAGUGACUAUAACCAGUACAACCAUCCUUGCCACAGUUUGGUUAUGGAAUUUUGUCUUUCAAGAUGAGAGUCUGGUAGAAAGAGCAAAGAAGCAACUGUUUAGUUUAAGGAAUUUUAUACCUGCUAUUAGAAAUAAAAUUGAUCAAGAAUUAGAUAAGAUUAAUCAAACGUUCGAACAAGAAACGUUACAGAGAAUAAAAGAUAUUCCUUUCAUUGUGAAACUUCCAGAGAAAAGUUUAGAACCGAAAGAAAUAUUAGAAAGAAUAAAAAAAUGUGUUCAGUUAGGUGAUUAUGAUUGGAGAAAUGGUAAAGUGUCUGGAGCUAUAUAUAGAGUUGAUAUUAAUCUUUUACAAUUAAUGGGAGAUAUUUAUAGCAUUGCAUCAUAUACAAAUCCAUUACAUCCUGAUAUUUUUCCUGGUAUAUGUAAGAUGGAAGCAGAAGUGGUGAGAAUAGUUUGUAAUUUGUUCCAUGGAGAUGAAGAUUCUUGUGGCACUAUGACCAGCGGUGGUACAGAAUCAAUCUUAUUGGCAUGUAAAACAUAUAGGGAUUAUGCAAGGAAUGUAAAAGGUAUAAAAAAUCCAGAAAUAGUAAUGCCUAUAACAGCACAUUCCGCUUUUGAUAAAGCUGCUCAGUACUUAAAACUUAAAGUACGUUCUGUCCCUGUCAACCAACAUAGCUAUACUGCUUGUAUUAAAUCUAUGGAAAAAGCUAUUACAAGGAAUACAAUAAUGUUAAUAGGGUCAGCACCAAACUUUCCGUAUGGAACAAUGGAUAACAUUAAAGCAAUUUCUGAUCUAGGAAUAAAAUACAAUAUUCCGGUUCAUGUUGAUGCUUGUCUCGGUGGAUUUUUAAUUUGUUUCAUGCCAAAUGCAGGUUUUAAUGUACCACCUUGUGACUUCAGACUUUCUGGAGUUACAAGUAUAUCGGUUGAUACGCAUAAAUAUGCAUAUGCUCCGAAAGGUUCUUCGCUUAUUCUUUAUAGAAAUAAAAAGUUAAGACAUUAUCAAUAUACUAUAACAACCGAUUGGCCUGGUGGUAUAUAUGGUUCACCAACUGUAAGUGGUUCAAGAGCUGGUGGAAUUAUAGCAACAUGUUGGGCUACAUUAUUGUAUUUUGGUUAUAAUGAAUAUAUAGAAUCGACAAGGAAAAUUAUAGAAACUACUAAAUAUAUUGAACAACGAUUGAGAAAGUUGGAUGGAAUAUUUAUUUUUGGUACCCCGGCUACCUCGGUUAUAGCAUUAGGGUCAAAUGAUUUUCACAUUUAUAAACUUUCGGAAGCUCUAAAUGUAAGAGGAUGGAACUUGAAUACACUUCAGUUCCCAUGUGGCAUACAUCUUUGUGUUACAUAUGUCCAUACACAAUUAGGUGUAGCAGAUCAAUUUUUAAAUGAUGUUGAAACUGAAUUAAGUAUAAUCUUAAAAAAUCCAGAUGCUCCUGUUGAUGGGAAGUUUGCAAUUUAUGGAAUGAGUCAGAGCAUACCAGACAGAAGUAUUGUUGGCGAUUUCGCAAAAUGUUUCUUAGAUUCCAUAUACUUUACGCCAGGAAAUAAAACAAUGGUUAAUAAUGGAUCAAGUAUCUAAAUUGAUUGCACUAUUAGCUUACUUUUUAUAAACUCAAAUGUAAGAGUAAAGAAGAAAUGAAAAAAGAAAAAAAAAAUAACAUUAAUUUUCUGAAAUCUCUUAUAUAAUUUUAAUUAAAAAAUCUAAUCGACCCAUAUAUAUUUUUUAAAAGAUUGAAUUUAAAAAACAAAAUAGAAUUCAAGACCAUAUAGAGUUAUGAACAUAUAUUGGAGAGAUUUAAUACGUAUAAAUGGAAUAUUUUGUACAAUGCAAUGGCAUUUUGAAUUAUUUAAACAUAUACUUUUAAAGUACAAAACUUUAUUCUAAUCAAUUUUUUUUAAAUAGACGAUAUCUUAUUUAACAGCAGUAUUUUUACGCAUUUCAUGAAAUAUACAAUACAUGUACACAUAUUCCGUUAUAGACUUUUAAUACAUCCAUGUGUACAAUUCUUUUGGUACUUUUUAUAGAAUAUUAUGUAAAGAUAUCUAUCUAUAUAUUUUAUACAUUUUUAUUAUGUUCAUUCUAAUAUUACAUAACUACAUCAAAUUUAGAUAACAAAAACGUAUUGAAUGUUAAUUCUAUUACUAGUAGUAAUAACGUAUAAUUUGGUGCCAUAUAUUUUUAUAUGCUUGGCAGUGGAAUUAUUGAGAAUAAAGAAUUGAAAUAAUA